GGAGGAUGACGAAGACGAAGGGGAGGAGGAGGAUGAUGAUCCCGCAGUGACGGGCGUGACAGUUUCCACGGUUGCUACUUUGGCCUCUGGGAAUUUUCCCGUCUCCAAUUUAGGUGUGCUCGACACGGCAGCAUCCUUCAGUCGACCGACAUCACCGACCAAUGUCUCCGAAGACUCAACCUAGGGAGGUCUCGCAAGCCAUUCUGCAAGCUGUUGGUACUAUACGUGCUGUAUGUGCUAUACGGACGUGGAACAUGGGCUUUGCCCGCCCAGCUCGAGUGCACGAAGCCGCCCACCUUCUGCAGUGUAGACACGCUGGCCGAGUACACUUUCCUGCUGAAUUCCUUGAUCGGCUCAUACUUGGCAUUCUCAAAGUGACGUUGUAGAAUAGGGAUCUUCGAUUGAUAUGUCGCCUUGAUCUUGCCUCCCGCUUGACGCAUGACGCUGGCUCCUUCUGUGCAGAACUUGGAUGCGUAUCUCACAAACUCGUCGCUGGCUCUAGGACUCUCAGGUACUUUUUCACCACGACUGUUGGCGAUGAUCUCUCGAAGGCGGCGCUUCUUCCGGCGUAGCGACCACAGUAUCAGACCCGCCAUGGCGGCGACGACGAUGAUGACACUGAGACCGAUCGCCGCCUUCGUGCCGGCAGGCUCCCCAACAUUCUUUGCCGAAUCGACCGAAAGGACGGUGCUUGUGGCAGUCGCCUCGCUGGUGGUUGGUGUGAACGAUGAGGGGAGCGAUUUCGAGCUGUCGGUGGCAGUGGGGAUAACCGCGGUUGCGAAGGUCGUAGCUCCUACUACUGGCGCGACGCCAGCAGCUGUUGGGGGCUCCGCGGUGGAGCCCUCAGCGCUCAAUUGGGUGGUCGGUUCGGUCGAUGAGGUUGCUGAGGUUCCUGCGGCUGCGUCGCCUGUAGCCGCGGCUUCGCUGGGAGCAGCUUCCCAGGUGUUGGCGGUCCCCGCUGCGGUGCUGUCCUGUGCAGCGGCAGGUGCUGCUGCUGCUGCUGCUGCUCCUGCUGUGCCGGCACCUGCUACUGAGGUGUCUGUAGUCGCCUGCGUGGUUGUGUCGGUGGCUGGCGCGCCUGUCCACUGCCCUGUGGUUCCUUCUGCGGUGCCUGACCAAGUGGUACCCCCGGCCGCGGUGCCAGCAGCAGUAGUCCCAUCGGCUGCAGCUACUGGUGCUGUCGCUCCUGAUGCCCCUGUUCCGUCUGAUGUCGCUGCACCUGUUCCUGCUCCAGUGCCGGCGGCUGAUGCUGCUGUUUCACCGGUUGUUCCCGCUGCUGUCCCUGCUGUUGCUGCAGUACCCGUUCCUGCACCACUACCUGCCCACUGCCCAGUGCCGGCGAGGGAAGUGUCCGCAGACCACUGACUAGUACCAUAGCCAGACGGUCCAGUCGCAGACCAUGUUGACCCCGAAGCAUCGGCCAGUUGAGGUUGCCUCUUAGCAAGGCCAAGGCCGUGAUGUCUGUUCUUUGGUCGCAUCGUUUAUCCUUAGGGUAGAGCAGAUACGAUCAACAACCAAGCAUGCAUGCAGUAAUCGUGGAUCGUGGAGCUAAAAGUCGGAAAAAAGGUUUGCAACUGGACGGCUGUCAUUGUAACUAAAUAAGUAUCAAGCCAGCAGACGCCACAAAUUGCUCCUCCGGUCCAAACAACAACACAGACACAAUACACAAAC